AUGCACGCGAUGUCUCUGGCGCGCGGAUCGCCGGCCGUGGUCCGCCUCGCGCCUCGGCUCCCACCCCGCCCGGCAUGCAAUCCCAAUCUGCGAACGCCGGGGAUCCGCACGUGGCCGCCGGCUAGCGACGCCGAUCGCCGAUCGCUCCGGGCGGGCGCAGCGGCCGUGGAAGAGGUCGCGCCCUCGGGGCGCCCGGAGCCGAUCCCCGUGGAGGCAUUCAGGCUGGCAUGCCCCAUUUGUACCGACACGGAAUUCGAGUUGGUGCCCGGGAGCAGGGAGCGGCCGGCCUGUGGGCGGUGCGGGAGGGAGUUUGAUGUUGCGGGAGACUUUGUGGAUUUGACGCUGACGUCGGGCGCGGGGAGGAUGGUGUACCAGGCGCCACAGUGGGCGGGCACGCGGACAUUCAGGAGCCCACUGGUGAGCCUAGCGUACGAGCGUGGCUGGCGCCAGAGCUUCUCAUCAGCAGGUUUCCCGGGCCCAGACCGCGAGUUUGAGAUGGCGAUGGAGUUUCUGGCACCGGUGGUGGGAGGCAUUGUGAUGGACCUCAGCUGUGGGUCAGGCCUGUUCACACGGCGCUUUGCGAAUGAGGGUGCCUUUGCUGGUGUUAUGGCAGUCGAUUUUUCAGAAUCGAUGCUGCGGCAGGCACGACAGUACUUAAGGAGGGAGGCGGGGGAGCGCGGGGCGCCAGUGCUGCUGGUGCGGGCGGAUGUCGGCAGGCUGCCUGUGGCAACUGGGUCCCUGGACGCCAUCCACGCAGCUGCGGCCAUCCACUGCUGGCCUGACCCUCCCAACGCCUUCGCCGAGAUCAGCCGCGCCCUGGCCCCCGGUGGCAUCUUCGUUGCCUCCACCUUCCUUGACACCUUCUCCCCGCUAGGCCAGAUCUUCGGCGACGAGAACGUGCGCCCACUGAAGCGCCUCGCCAGGCGGACCAACAACCUGUACCGCGCCUGGGAGGAGCAGGAGCUGCGGGACCUGACCGCAUCAGUGGGCCUUAUGGAUUUCAAAUGCAACAGGAGCAACAGGUUUAUAAUGUUCUCCGCCAGGAAGCCCGGUGGAGCCUGA